CUCGUCUCUUAUUCCUUUGUCCCUGGCAUCAAUUUCACCUGGCAUCGCCAUUCACUUCGUUCCGCCGUCUCCACCCUCUCCCUAUACAAUUACAUAUCAACAUGUCUCAAGCCAUUGGAAAGACCGCAUUGGCAUACGCCAGGGUAUGGCACCUUGUCGACGCCAAGCAGAGAGUCCUCGGCCGUAUGUCCGUUGGCAUCGCAGAGACCCUCAUGGGAAAGCACAAGCCUAUCUACGAUCCUGCAUCUGACUGUGGAGACUACGUUGUCGUGAUCAACGCCAAGAGUGUUGCCACGACAGGAACAAAAGCCAAGAGCAAACUCUACAGACAUCACUCGGGAUAUCCUGGAGGAUUGAAGGAGAUCGUAUAUGACGACCUCAUGCAAAAGGACCCCGAUGCUAUCAUCCGUAAGGCGGUCUCCGGUAUGUUGCCCAAGAACCGUCUUCGGGAGCCAAGGCUCGCCCGCCUCUUCGUGUUUGAAGGGCAGGAGCACCCCUAUGAGCAGAACAUCGUAAAGCGGUACGAUGCCCUUGGAAAGGAGACUCGUCUGGACCCAUCAGAAGUUGAGGCGUAGAGGACUCUUUACAAGCUGGAUCUGGAUCAAACAGGAUAUAUUAUCCGUGGAACGGAGGAUCGGCGGGCAGUUGAGUUAUGGAUAUCAUUUGCUGGAAUAAUAGAAUAAACAUCAUCAUCAUCAUCAUCAUCAUCAUCAUCAUCAUCAUCAUCA